AUGACCAUUGAUGGCAAGUUCUCCAAUGAUAUGUUCACAGAACGUCUGUCAACGUCUAUGCAGCCAGUUUUGGCCUCCUGCUUCAAUGAUCUAGACAUCCCAAAACUUGUCAAAAUGGCUGAUUGUACGAUGGUGGUCGAGCGUUUGUUUUCCUCGAUGGUUGCUCGGGUCUCGCAGAUUUCCCAUGCAUCCACAUAUGACCUGGCGAAGCCCAAGGCACAGAUAGCCAAACUGUUGGCGACGGUUGCCACUGUGCAUCUGCGUCACUUUGCUGACUCACCUCGGCACAUGUAUUGCCGAGACCGCCACCAUUCCUGCCCUCACCUUAAGACUGCUAAUCUCGGGUGGUAUCACGUAGAUGCUGGUGAUGAGGCACAACGUUGUGUCCUGACCUGUCCAUUCAAGUUUUCGCGAGGUAACUCCUUGGCCUGAGAAUAAGUGCGGCCGAGCUCUCUGUGAACCCUGUUAAGGCCUGCGAUAGCAAGAGAGACAGACGUUUCCAAGUCAAUGCUGACGCAUAAAUCAGGGCUAUUCCUCCUAUCCCAGCCGACCGACACUGUCUCGACCGAGGUGUUCUUCCUCAGGCCAAGAAACUUCUCCGCAAUCGCAACCUCUGGAUCGGGGUUCCUCUCCAUGGACACUGGUUUAAGACGACUAUUCCCCUGGAUCUUCGUGGUAGCUGAUGUUCCUACCGCUAUCCUUGAUGUUGGUUGUCUGACCGCUGCCGACUUUCUGGUUAAUUGCAGGCUACUCCACCUCCAUGAUCGCGGCAUCACCCUCUCCGUCAAAGGAUUUCACCCAUCUUCUGCUUCCAACUAUCUGUCUGGCUUUGACCCGAACCCUGAGUUCUCCACUCCGGAAACUUCUGGCCGAAUAUCCUGGUCUCACUAAACCCCACUUUCCCACUCCUCAUUGCACCAUGAUAUUGUUCAUCACGCCAAAACAACUGGUUCUCCUGUGUUCCCUCACCCCGACGUCUUGCUUCCACCAGUCCUGCGCCCGACUGAGCUGAUUCUGACCACACUUCGCAGCUAUGGAUCAUUGAGCUGACUAACGGUUUCUGAGCAUCUCUAUUGCGCAUGGCUUCAAGCCACAGACGGACAAGUGGCGUCCUUGCGGCUAUUACAGAGUCCAAAAAACAUCACUAUGUCUGGUAGGUACCCGGUUCUUCAUCUCCAGGACUUUGCACGAACUCCAUUCGGCAAAACUGGUAUCUCGAAAACCGACUUGGUCCGGGAUUACCAUCAAGUUUCGAUUGCGCCCGAGGGCGUCCCCAAAACGGCGGUUAUGACUCCUUUUGGCUUGUUCGAAUUUCUCCUCGUGCUGUUUGGUCUCAAAAAUUCCUCGCCUUUUUGUUUAGGCUUAUACUGACAGCGUUUUAGUCGCCGACCCGGAUGUCGAGGAACAUGUCCAAGACUCUACUUUGUUUUUCGACCGUCUCCAGAAGUCCAGUAUCACUCUGCGUCCUGCUAAAUGCGUCAUGGAAGUCGCUUCUCAUGGGUUCUUAGGUCAUUAUAUCGACUCCAACGGCAUUUGUCCCCUUCCUCAAAAGUCGGGGUUAUUCGGGACUUCCCACGCCCUAUCUAUAAGCGUCAGUUGCCGGUUCCUCAUUAACUGUGCUCAAACCACCCUCCCGCCGACCAACCUCCAUUCAGUUUCUAGGUUCACCUUUGAAUUUACACCGGUAACACGCACAUUAUUUGAGAGGAUAAAAGCUCUUUCGACCGACGCUACCCUCCUGACGCACAUAUAUUUCUAGCGGUCGAUACUUCUAAUGUUGUCGUUGGUGCGGUUCCCCAAGAAAGUAUCUCAAAUUAGAUUGUGCUUUUGUUCUUCUUCUUCUUCUUUUGAAAAAACAAAACAGAGACGAGACUCGCUAAAACACAUUCAGGCGUGAACUUCUUGCGAUUUUUUUAGUUGUGAAGCACUUUGGGAAUGUACUGGAAGGUCUAGAGUUCAAUAUACAGUGAGUGACCUAACUCAUGAAAUGUGUCGAAAUUUACGAAUGAAUGCCAAUCACUCGCAAACCGACACCAUUUGAUUAGUCCGAUUUCUAAGCUAAUGAACUACAAGUUCAAAAGAAUUAAAAAAAUAAAAGAAUUGUUAAUAGCCGUGUUGCGUUAGUUAGAAAUGCCGAUUUAUUUUGAAAAGCACAAGAUCUCGAAAACGUCUGAAAGGGCUCUAAUUGAGUAAAGUUCGUUUUCAGAUGUAUAGAAUGUAUUCUCAUAGCAAAAACGCAGUUAAUAUGAAAUUAGACAUAAAACGGCGUCUAAUAACAGUGUUUCAGUGAAUUUUACAUUUAAAUACAGCUUAAUAAGUAGUGUGCUUUCGUUUAUGACGGUUUUUCAACUGCCUAAUUCCUGACUGCAGAUUCCAAGGCAGUUUUCCAGUAAGUCCUCUUAUUUUUUUAUUUCUUCGAAGUAAAUGAGAUGGGGUUGAACAAGAGAAGCUGGAUUUUGCUUGACUUCACCGAUGCGGACGUCGUAUGAUCAAAAGUUUUCAUAAGGUUACAUGCCAUGAGGCCGGUCAGUGUCUAAUAAAUUUAAAUAGAACUGACAGGCGUGAUCGUAAUCAUACCAUUUUGUGUUUAAAGAGAGAAAUCCUCUUCCGAGAUCGACCUCACCGAGAUGGCUGUUGAACGACGUCGCGUCCGUACGCCCUGCAAGAGAAUGUCUUCGGACUGUAACUCCAGGACCUGCCACUGACUACUGGUUACAACACCAUCAUUUGCGACGUCUCCACCGCAUUCCAUCGUCCCGUUGUGCCGCCAUCCCUUCGUAGCAAAGCUUUCUCCUCCUCGCACAACCUCUCUCGCCCUGGGAGUCACAGUGACGACAAAUUGACUUACGACCGCAUCGUCUGGCCUAGGAUGAAAAAGGAACUGACAGCACAAACCCAGGUUUUUUAUCUCUUGUUACCGAGAAAGGUCCAGCGGCACAAAAAGGCUUCCAUUGCCACCUUUCCCAGUCGAGUCGAUGUAGUCGAGUCCAUGUAGAGUCGAGUCCAUGUAGACAUUGUAGGCCUCCUGUCCCUCUCCAAAGAUUGUUCCGAUCAUGUAACCUGAGUGUAUUGAUUCACUCGGUGGCCAGAAGCCAUUCUUCCGCCUGACAGCGAGAUGUUGAUAGUGGUUAGAGUAUUUCUCCGUCGUCGGGUUACCAUCUUUAAUGAGCCCUUUUCUAACACGACUGACCAUGGUGCUCAGUUCGAAUCUCACCUCUUUCAAUCUUUUCUCUCCUUUUAGGCUGCACUCGCAUUUGCACGACACCCUACCACUCUAAUGUCAACGAGAUGGCUGAGCGGUUCCACAACCACCCUACACGCGGCAGAGGACCUGGAGAACUGGACGAACCAUCUCUCCUUGGUGCCGUUGGGCAUCAAUUCCGUCCUGGAGUCGGAAAUCGACUGUCCCGCCGCUGAAUUAGUGUUCGGUGCCACCGUCCGAAUUACCUGUGCGACGGAGGAUCCUACCAACCUCCUGCACAGUCCCUGA